GUCCUAUAGCUUUUCCUAUGCUGAGAGGAAACAUGCCGGAAUAUCGUGUGAUCUAUUUUGAUGCCCGCGGAAGGGCAGAACCCAUCAGGUUAUCACUUGCUGCUGCUGGACAGGUGUUUGAGGAUAAAAGAGUCCAAAGCGAGGAAUGGGAAAAAAUGAAGUCAGAAAUGCCGCAAGGUGCAGUGCCUAUAUUGUCUGUAGACGGACAUAUGAUUGCACAAAGCACUGCCAUCUUACGAUAUAUUGCCAGAGAAUAUGAUAUGUAUGGUGAAGGUACCAAGAACAUGACAAUGGUGGAUACAAUCAUAUCUACAUAUGAAGACUUUUUUACCGAAAUGAUUAAACCUUACAUGGAGCAGGACGAGGAUAAGAAGAAAGAACUUAGAAAGGCGUUUGGGGAGAAGGUUGUUCCUAAAUUUGUGAAAAUUAUGAGCAAAACAUUGAGCGACAACAAAGAGAACAGCGGCUGGUUAGUCGGAUCCAAGCUGACGGUGGCCGACAUUGUAGUAUUCUGCAUGUUUGCUGACGCUGAGAGUCUGUUUGACAAAACCGCAGCUGAGGCCUUCCUUGAGGAUGCCAAACUGAUAGCUCACAGUGAAAAAGUUGCUGCUAAUUCUGCCAUCAAAGCUUGGAUCGCCAAACGGCCCAACAACGCGUUUUAGUCCAGGGUUGUACUCCACACAGGGAUAUUUAUGCUCUUCUAUGACUUAUCAGUCUUUGUUUCUUUAUUCUUUCAUAAAUUCGUUAAAUAAUAUAUGUUUAUGUCAUUAACAACAAAUUAUAACACAUAUAUUAUCAAAUAAAAUACAUCUUCUAUUAAAAUACAUUGCUGGAAUUGCUGAUGUUUGCCAAUUAAAUACCUAUUGUUUAACAUCACCACAAAUAGGCAACUCUUGUGUCUCCCAUAUGAUCUAUCUAUGUCAAUAUGUCACACAAUAUAACGACUGUCCUUCCAUUAAAGUUUUAAUUACAUCCAAUUUACUGAAUACUUCUUUUGUCCUUUAUACUAUUUAUUAAAACAUCCGAGAUAAUGAUAUGUUAUAAAGCGAUACUCUCCUUGUGAAUACAACUUUUUCAAUAAAUAUAUUUAGAGAUAUAUAUAUAUCUGUUUGGUUUCUUCGAGGGUAAUAAUAAACGGAGUUAAUGUUCUUCAAUCCAAUCUGAGAUUUGUGUUGUUUUUCUCUAUCGAAAUGUGACUUUAGUUUGUCAUCUGCGAAGAAGCUUCGGCAAGGUCAGCACCAUAGGUCCCCUCGAUCAAACCACUAAACAGAGUUAUAAGGCAGGGUCUGCCACCG